AUGUUCAACCACUUCCCCACUUUAAAAAAUGAUAACAUUAUCAGAGCAGCAAAAGGAGAAGCUGUCUCACGCAUACCUGUGUGGAUAAUGCGGCAGGCCGGUCGUUACCUACCUGAAUUUCGUGCAAUGAGGGAAAAGUAUGAUUUCUUUGAGAUUUGUCGCACUCCUGAACUGGCUUGUGAAGUUACCCUUCAACCUAUACGUCGUUUCGAUCUUGAUGCAGCAAUCAUAUUUUCAGACAUUCUGGUUAUACCUCAAGCCCUUGGCAUGGAGGUUAAGAUGCAACCCGCUGUUGGACCGAAAUUCACUGCACCUCUGAAUUCACCACAGGAUCUGGAUCAGCUAAAUGUUCAGGUUGAUAUAUCCAGGGAAUUGAGAUAUGUUUAUGAGUCGAUUACUUUAACACGUCAUCGAUUGGAGGGAAAAGUUCCGCUAAUCGGCUUUGCUGGAGCUCCAUGGACUCUAAUGUCUUACAUGAUUGAGGGUGGGAGUUCGAGUACUUAUUCUAAAGCUAAACGAUGGUUGUAUAGCGAACCACAGUCUAGCCACAAACUACUUAGUCUACUUACCCAAAUAAUUGUGGAACAUUUGGUCCAACAAGUUCUUGCAGGCGCUCAGUUACUCCAGGUUUUUGAAUCUCACGCUGGCUUUCUUAGCCCACAUCUGUUUGUCAAAUUUAGCCUACCGUAUUUGAAACAGAUUGCAAGUCAAAUACAAAAUCGUUUAUUAAAUGAAUACAAUAUUCCAAAAGAAUCUCUUCCACCACUCAUUGUAUUUGCCAAGGAUGGUCAUUAUGCUCUUUCAGAGCUAUCUCAAGCAGGUUACGAUGUCAUCAGUUUAGAUUGGACUAUAUGUCCGAAACUAGCGCGAAGCAUUGUUCAUUCUAAUAUCACACUGCAAUGCUCUGUGAUGACUUGAAGAGAUGCAUUUCUGUUCCAGAUUUCCCCAAUUUCUCUGUUUCUGGAGUUGUGUAUGUAGGAUGGAGCACGCCUAUAAGAGGUGAGUGUGUUUGUUCACACUUGACGAAUGUGGUGAAUCUUCGAAGUGGACCUUACGAAUGCCAGGAGAUUCGAUUGCUAGUUGUAUGGAGUCACCGAUGUAGGCAUGACAUUACAUUCUAAAGCAGAAAGUGCACUGCUUGGUUGGAUACUAGUGGAGAGGGGUUUUUUGUGCCUAUCGACUGAUUGUAUGGGAUGUGUAAGAACUAGGAAUGAUGGCGACACUCUCUUAUGUGUACUUGUAGUCCCGGAUAGUGCGUCGAUUGACUGGAUUUCGGAUGGUGCAAAGGACGAGUUUUGUGCAAAGCUAUGGAUUUGACUAGACAAAGCAAAACAUGGAGGUACAGUCAUAGUCACAGUAGUGGGCGAGUUUAGUGCGCAAUGAGACAAGAUGAGGGGAAUCGGAAAUGGAUUUUCGGCGGUGCUCAGAGUAUUCUACUUUUGUUCUGGCCGUUGGAUGUUGCUGAUCAGCACCAACUUCAAACAUAUGGAGACAUUGUCUGAAAUUUG